AUGCAGGGCAACCAAGAGGCCCCAGCUCCCCCUGAAGCCAUGGCUCAACCCUUCCCACCAGCCCAGUACCCCCCUCAACCACAGAAUGGGAUCCCAGCUGAGUACACCACGCCCCACACCCACCCAUCAGCUGACUACACGGGAUCAAGCACAGUGGCCGAGCACACCCUGACACUGUACACGCCGACAACCACACAGAGUGAACAGCCAGGAAACGACAGCAACACCCCUGCCCUCACAGCCAACACAGUAACACAGGUAGAGGAGGUUGCACAGACAGAGGGCUCCCAGCAGCUCCACCUGCAGCCCAGUGAUUCAUCGGAGAAGCAGCAGCCCAAGAGAUUACAUGUCUCCAACAUUCCUUUUCGUUUCCGAGACCCUGACCUCCGGCAAAUGUUUGGGCAAUUUGGCAAGAUUUUAGACGUGGAGAUUAUUUUUAAUGAGCGAGGCUCCAAGGGCUUUGGGUUUGUAACAUUUGAAACGAGUGCAGAUGCUGACCGAGCACGGGAGAAACUAAAUGGUACAAUCGUAGAGGGACGCAAAAUAGAGGUCAACAAUGCCACAGCCAGAGUAAUGACCAACAAAAAGCUUUCAAACCCUUACACAAAUGGCUGGAAGCUGAAUCCAGUGGUGGGAGCAGUAUAUGGUCCUGACUUUUAUACAGUAACAGGGUUUCCAUACACCAGCACAGGAGCAGCUGUGGCCUAUAGAGGGACCCAUUUGAGAGGGAGGGGUCGCGCUGUCUACAACACGUUUCGUGCUGCACCUCCUCCUCCACCUAUCCCUGCAUAUGGAGCUUUGGUCUACCAGGACGGCUUUUACGGGGCAGAAAUAUAUGGAGGGUAUGCAGCUUACAGAUAUGCCCAGCCAGCUGGGACCGCUGCAUACAGUGACAGUUAUGGCAGAGUCUAUGCAACAGCAGAUCCAUAUCACCAUACGAUUGGUCCCGCAGCCACAUACAGUGUGGGCACUAUGGCUAGCCUUUACAGAGGAGGGUGCAGUCGCUUCACUCCCUACUAG